AUGCAAUUUCGUGACUAUAGGAAUUUAGAGUACAACAAAAGUGCUCCUUUAUUGAUUCUCUUAAAUGAUGACCAAGACAUAAUUGACUCAAUUAUUAUUGAAGAAAGUCUUCGAAUGUCAAAAUAUGAAAAAGAAACGUUAUGGAUAAGAAACGACAAAUUAAAUGAAGUUCCAAAAUGUGAUAUUUUAAGUUAUUCCGCAAAAGAAACAUCAUUGGUUAAAAUAAUCCAUGUUCAACCUGAGAUGUCACUACCAAAUUUAAUUUUAGAUUUUUGUUCUACAAUUCAAAAUAAAUUACAAAUGGAAUUCUACCAAAUACUAGUUGAUUUAAGAGAAUGGUCUAUCUCUGCGUCUGAAUAUGAGUUAACUGGUAUGCUUGCUUUACUAAGUGAUACAGCAUUAUAUAUUCUGUCAAAAAGAAAUGAAAAUUUAAAGAUAAUUUCAACACAAAUCUCAAAUAUUCAAAGUUCUUUCCCUAUAACUGUGUUUUUAUCUCAACAAAUUGGAAAAGAAAAUAUGUAUAUGACAUCACAAUUCUCCAGUAAUGUUAAAGUAAUUGGCAAAAAUAAAGACAUUGUAAACUUAAACAUUGACGAUUACUGCUAA